UUGCUCGCUAAGUGAUUUAUCUAGGAAUACAGUUGAUCUUCACUGAAAACUUAUGUAUAAUGAAUCUACUUGAAAAAAGGAUUUGGUAAACCAUCAUGAUGGCAGACCUCGCACUCAUUACCAGGGGAAGUAAUGGAGCCGCAGACAAUGGCCAUGUGCAUGGAAACAACAUAGAGAAAUUACCAGGGAACAACAAUAACAGCAUGAAACAUAGAAGGACUCAGACCAAAAAGCCAAGUGAUUCUGAGCCUGCAAAAAGUGGGAAAACAUUUUCAUAUGACUCAUCUGGUGUUCUCAGUAAACAAAGCAACUUUCAGGAAAUCAUUCAUGACAGUGAUUUAUGUAAGGAGUAUAUCAUCAGACGAGGGCGUACUAAUCUGUUGCUGUGGAUUGUGUUCUUCAUUGUCUUUCAUGUUGGUGCUUUAGAGUACUACUUCCAGUUAUAUACAACGGACAAAAGAAUACUCUUUGUUUUGGUUGCGGGCAUUCUCUACUUUUGUGGUUGGACUCUGAAUCGCAAAGUUAUUGAAGAAUCUCUCCUGGUGAUCUCUUGCCUCGGUGUGCAGAUCACAACCAAGUUUGCCUCCGGAAGACAAACCUCUAUAUUCUUCGACAGAAGUGAAAUCAAAGAUAUCAUUAUUCAAGAAUCUAUAUCUAUGCAAUGUAUACUGCACAUACUGUCAAUACUCCUGAAGAAACCAAAUAUGGACGAUCAUCGGCUGUUACCACUUUUCAAACAUACUUUUCCUCGGCUGGAGUUUCUCCAACAGGCUUAUCAAGGGGUGCAAUCUGUGAUGGACUUCAACAAUCAACCAGCACAGGACAGAUGAUGAGCAUCAAACAUAGGAUCAAAUUUGAAUACUUCUAAGGCACUAUUCUGUGGAAUGCGAAAGUUGGAGAUCAAUCAAUAUUCCAAUCUGAACCAGUGAGUGACCUCUACUCAUGAUAGAACUGUUCAAUUUGUGCCAUACUCGAUAGUUGAUGUUUUCAUACCACCUUAAAUUAUUAUUGAUUUAUUGCAUUUUGUGUACAUGAUGCAUUGUACUCAAUGUUCAUAUGUACUUGUAAAAUGCAGCUGUCAUGUACAUGUAAUUUCCAAAUUAUUUGGUGUCAAAGACUUAUUGUGUUUUGUUAGUGUUCAUCUGAGGCAAUUAUUUAUGCUGUAUAGUUUUGGUGCUGUUGCCAAUUUGCAAUCAUGCUGUGUGGUGCCACUUUUAUUUUGAUAUUAUUCUGCAAAAUUUCACUUGUGUAAUACUCGGCCUUCUGUAAAGAUCGGCAGUGGCUAUGCAGUGUCAUAAUCACAGUCUAUGCCAGGGCAAGUGAAAGAUCUCACACAAGUGGACAGUUGCCUUUAGUGGACUCCAUACCUCUGGCAGAAAUCCAUGAUGGUUACGAUGCCGGUAAUGAUAAUGAUGAUGAUGAUGACAAUCUACAAAAUGUUGAGGAAAGGACUGGUUGAAACCAGAUCCUGUAUCUUCACAAAGGUGCAUAUAAAAAAAAUCUUGUUUGAGAAGAUAUCGCUUGCAUUGCCAGUAGUUUAGUUUUUUAAGCCUCAAUCAAUUCGUUAGUUGAAUACAUAUUACAUGUAUUGUUAUAUGUUCACCUUAAUGUACAUUAUCUUUAAUCAAAAUGUAUUUUGUAUGAAAUAAA